ACGGCAGGGUCCUCCCAAGACGUGGCUUCCCAACGCAGACCAGGGCCCAGAGCGCCCUAGCCCUGCCAGCCCAGAGCCCUGCCUACUGUGCCUAGGUGUCCCCUCCCUGCCCCGAAACUGUCGAUUCUUGGGGACUAGCCUGAGAGCCUUGCCGCAGGCUGGCACCCGAGAACAAGCGGCUCUUUGGAGAGCCUGGCUUUGGCUUGGUCUUGCCUGGGGCUCCCCUGCAAUUGCCUCACCCCUCCUCUCUGCCCAGUUUGGGAUCCCAGUGUGAGAAUGACCUUGGCUUCUACUUCCCUUCUCCAGGUUUCUCAAAGACUUGGGGCGAGGGACGACAGAGGGGCUGCUGAUAGGACAGAGUCUUGGGCUGGCCUGUGCCCUCUUCACACACCCACUUGCCUGACCCUCAGCAUCCCCUUUUAGCCAAAGGGCUGGGUGCUCUCCACACUGAGCUCAGGAGGCUUCAAGGAGAGGGGGCGGCUCCACUGGGUGUCCCACACCCAAGGGUGAGCAGAGUGGCCCAAUAACUGCUGUUAUCAGAACUGGCAUGUUACCAAGUAAGGGUGAGAGGUGGCACCAGGCUGAAGUGCCCCUUGCUCUGAGCAGCCCUCAUUCCAGGGAAGGGGUGUGGAGGUGCCGCGAAAUCUGCUUCUCCCUGGCUGCCUGGGUGUGUUCCUUCCUCCCUGCUGGACUUUGGGACUGCUGAACACCUCCCCCAACCGCUGCCUUCCUCCUCUGGAGCCCCCUAGCCCCCAUCCUGGGGUCCCACAGCCUCUUUCCCUUCCCCCUAGCUGAGGCCCCCCUUGUAAACCUCGGCACCAGUAUUGGAUGUCAGAGAUUUUUAACACUCUCUCUCUCUCUCUCUCUCUCUCUCUCUCUCUCUCACACACACACACACACACAACACACACACACAGCUACAGUACAGCUAGUGCCCUCCUGGGAUGGAGAGCAGCUGGGGAACCCCCCAGCCCUGGGCUGGGUUCACCCCUCUGCCAUGUGUCUCUAGGCAGGACUCACUGGCUGGAUUCUACAGCAGGCACACACAUGUACCUGGAACACACCAACCACUGCCCCCGCCUUGAUGAUGACACAGCUAUGGACACACCCAUUCCUUCUAGACCUUGUCCUUUGCUGGCUGUGGAGCAGAUCGGGCAGCGGCCCCUGUGGGCCCAGUCCCUGGAGCUGCCCGGACCAGCCAUGCAGCCCUUACCUGCUGUGGCCUUCCUGGAGGAGGUGGCAGAGGAGACCCCAGCCCAGCCAGAGAGUGAAUCAAAGGUGCUGGACCCCGAGGAGGAUCUGAUGUGCAUAGCCAAGACUUUCUCCUACCUUCGGGAAUCUGGCUGGUAUUGGGGUUCCAUUACGGCCAGUGAGGCCCGGCAACACCUGCAGAAGAUGCCAGAAGGCACGUUCCUAGUUCGAGACAGCACCCACCCCAGUUACCUGUUCACGCUGUCAGUCAAGACCACCCGCGGCCCCACCAACGUGCGCAUUGAGUAUGCAGACUCCAGCUUCCGCCUGGACUCGAACUGCUUGUCCAGGCCACGCAUCCUGGCCUUCCCAGACGUGGUCAGCCUUGUGCAGCACUACGUGGCCUCCUGUGCUGCUGACACUCGAAGCGACAGCCCUGAUCCUGCUCCCAGCCCAGCCCUGCCUGUCCCUAAGGAAGAUACGCCCAGUGACUCUGCGCUGCCUGCCCCCGUGGCCACUGCUGUGCACCUGAAACUGGUGCAGCCCUUUGUGCGCAGAAGCAGCGCCCGCAGCCUGCAGCACCUCUGCCGCCUUGUCAUCAACCGCCUGGUGACCGACGUGGACUGCCUGCCGCUGCCCCGGCGCAUGGCUGACUACCUCCGACAGUACCCCUUCCGGCUCUGACUGAGCCCACACCUGCCCCGCCCCACCUGGCCACAAUGCUGGAGGGGACACUGGCCCCAGCUGGUCUUGGGUUCCUGCUGUCCCUUCUCCAGCCCCCCAGUGCCUGUGUGCAUCUGGCAGCUACACCAGGAAGAGCCAGCAGGGAGCAAGCCAGGGGCUAGGGUGGGGGGAGGUGUCACACAGCUUGGAGGCCGGCAUCCCCAGGCCCCUGUGGCUCCACUGUGGUGAGCCUUGUGUCAGAGGAGAGAGGCAGGCAGGACCUGUCUCACCCCGUGGACCAGGCCCAGGCCCCCACUCACUGGCCUGCCCCAGCCACCUGAACUGUGCAGACUUGUCCAGCCCUGGUUUCUCAAUCCACAGGCUGGGGCAGGCCCUUGCUGACCUCCAGCCUCUGUUUCUGGGAGGGCAGUGGGAGUGACAGUCCCCCUUGUCGGGGAGUGGGCCUGGCUGAGGGGCUGCACAAUGCAACAGUAUUUAUUUAUUUAUUCUCCAUGGGGGUGGUCCAGGGUUGAGCCCCCCCACCUCUCUGCCCUGAGCCCUAGGUGGUCCAGAGACCCCAGCUCCAUGCCAGCUUCCGGAUUCUUCCCCGCAGACAAGGCCCCUCCUGAGACAUGUCCUGGGUGUCCUGGCACUGACUCACCCGUGAAUGUGUCCUCUCCCUCUUGCCCCAGCCCUGUCUUGGGAGGGUGGGCAUGUGGGAAAUGGAGCCAGAGCCUCGGUCCCCAACAGAGCCCUGGCUCACCCCCGGGCAGGGUGAGCUGCACAGAGCUGGUCUCCUGUGGCGCAGGCCCUGUGCGGGUGUGGGUGUUGUGUCGGGAAGUAGGGUGCUGGUGCGAGGGCUGCGCUGCUGCACCUGCUUUGUGCUCAGGAGAGAGGGAGAGAACUGAUAAGACUUUAUAAAAUAAUUACCAUGACACAAAAACCAGUUUGGUGAUCUUUUUUUCUUCCACUGAUUUUUCUGUAAUGACAAUAAAAUUGUACCUUUCAUUUAUGGAGCCCUCGGGGGCCUCUUUA